AUGGAAGCUAUUGCGAGCUUUGCCUUUGAAAAUGGUUUAACCUUAAUCCUCCUAAGCAUCUUCUCAACCUUUUUUCUUUUUGCCUUCUUCCUCAAGAAACCGAAGAAAGUCUUUGACCUACCUCCAAGCCCUCCUUCUCUUCCUAUCAUCGGUCACCUUCACCUUCUCUUCACUACUUCACUCCACAAGUCCUUUCAAAAAAUCUCAUUCAAGUACGGACCCUUGCUCCAUCUCCGCAUCUUCAAUGUCCGCAUCCUUCUCGUCUCCUCUGCCUCACUGGCCUACGAGAUCUUCAAAGACCACGACAUGAGCAUCUCCUCUCAUGGUCCUAUUGGCAUCGAUGAAUGCAUUGUGUUUGGUUCUUAUGGCUUCCUCAAAGCUCCCUAUGGAGAUUACUGGAAGUUCAUGAAGAAAACUAUCACCACUAAAGUACUAGGACCCCAGGCGCUGGAGCGGUCACGAGACCUUCGUGCAGUUGAGAUAGAGCGGUUCUACAGAGAUCUUCUCGAUAAGGCGAUGAAGAAAGAGAGCGUUGAGAUCGGUGAGGAAGCGUUGAGACUUGUUAGCAGUGUCCUAGGGAAGAUGAGUUUGGGAAGGAGUUUCUCAGAGGAGGAGAGAGUCUCUGAGUUUAGUGGUGAGAUCGCUGCCUUGACACAGAAGAUAUUUUUACAACAAGUACUGCGUAAGCCGCUUGAGAAGAUAGGGCUCUCACCACCGUUUAAAAAGGAGGUGAUGGAUGCUUCUUACAAAUUCGAGGAACUCCUAGAAAAGAUCAUUGUGAAAUACGAAGAGGAAAAGGAUCAAGGUAGUGAACUUAUGGACACAUUGUUGGCAGCUUGUGGAAACGAGGAUGCAGAGUAUAAGAUAUGUAGGAGCCAUAUCAAGGCGUUAUUAGCGGAGCUUUUCUUUGGAGCUGGUGACACCUCUUCAAAAUCAACACAAUGGGCAAUGGCUGAAAUCCUCAACAACCAUAAGAUCUUUGAGAGACUGAGAGAAGAAAUAGACUCAGUUGUAGGAAAAACAAGGUUGAUCCAAGAGAUUGAUCUACCAAAACUCCCUUACUUGCAAGCGGUCAUCAAGGAAUCUCUAAGAUUACACCCACCGGGUGCUCUCUUGCCAAGAGAAUUUGAACAAGGGUGUAAGAUUGGAGGGUUCUACAUACCUAAGGGCACUUCACUUGUUAUUAAUGCUUAUGCUGUAAUGAGAGACGCUGAUUCUUGGAAGGAUCCUGAUGAGUUUAAGCCAGAGAGGUUUUUAGGGGAAGAGGAUGCAAGAAGGGAACAUGUUCUGAACUAUCUUCCUUUUGGUGCUGGAAGGAGAGGAUGUCCUGGAUCAAACAUAGCCUAUAUAUUAGGAGGGAUCACUAUUGGAGUGAUGGUGCAGUGUUUUGAUUGGAAAAUUGAAGGAGAUAAAGUCAACAUGGAAGAGGCUACUGGAAGAGCUUUAUUGGCUUUGGCUCACCCCCUGAACUGCACUCCUCUUCCUCGAACCCUGAAUCUUUUACCUUCAAGUUUGUAG